AUGGGCAACGGCGUAAAGCUACAACACAUCGAGAGCGAGGAGCAGCUGCAGAAUGCCCUGAGCAAGAGUAUGACGCUAUCACCGGAACCGUACGAGAAGAUCUACCUGAACCCGAAGAGGCCCGUUUCUGGAGACCUUCGCCAGACCUUUGCCAUCCCAACACCGCUGGGCAUCCUGCGCUUCACAGUCGCGCUCCUUCCACUUUCGAUUGAGUUGAUGGGCUGGCGCGGGUCAGGAGGAACCUUCGGAACUCCUACGACAACGUGCAAACCCGGCAAUGCGUUCUCUCCAGGCCCAACAUUCGCCGCCGAAUUCGGCUUCUACCCUCUGACUCUGGCCCUACUCUCCUUCCUCUUCAUGAUCUGCUCUUUACGCACCAACGCCAUCUUCGUCGUCCUUUUCAUCUGCGCUACUGCCGGUUUCGCGCUUGCUGCAGGAGGCCUGUUCUACACGGCCACAGGAGCGACGGCGACAGGGACGAACCUGACGAUUGCGUGCGGAGCGGCGUUCUUUGCGGCGGAUAUGUUAGGCUGGUACCUUUUGUUCGCUAUCAUGAUUGCAGUUAUUGAGCUGUCAGUGCCUGAUCUGCCAUUAUUCGAUCUGAGCUCUGUGAUCAAGGCGAGGCCACGGACGAAGCAAGAGUGA